AUCCAGGUGGAAAGACUUAGAUUGCCUGUUUGUAAGGAGGAGCAGUGGAUUGUGGAAACUAUAAAUGAACAUGACGUUGUCAUCAUUUGUGGUGAAACAGGCUCUGGCAAAACCACCCAAAUUCCUCAAUUUCUUUACGAAGCUGGUUAUGCCCACAAUAGUGGCAUCAUAGGCAUUACAGAACCUCGAAGAGUUGCUGCCACAUGCAUAGCCGAACGAGUUGCUCAUGAAAUGAACCUUACUUCACAGUUAGUCUCGUAUCAGAUUAGGUAUGAGGGCACUGCUGGCGAAAGAACAAAAAUAAAAUUUAUGACAGAUGGAGUGCUUCUUAAAGAAGUCCAAUAUGAUUUUGAGUUGACCAAAUACAAUGCAAUCAUAAUCGAUGAGGCACACGAAAGAAGCACCUACAGCGACAUUCUCAUUGGCUUUCUUUCUAGGAUUGUUCGACUGCGAAGGAAGCGUAACAAUCCUCUUAAGUUGGUCAUUAUGUCUGCCACACUGAAAGUUGCUGAUUUCAAGAUGAACACAAAAUUAUUUCACACUCCGCCACCGGUGGUCAAUAUUGAUGCUCGUCAGUUUUCUGUGACUAUCCACUUCAACAGACACACCCCAAAACGAGACUACAUUGAGGAAGCUUUUCGAAAGGUCUGUAAGAUCCACAGAAAGUUGCCAGACGGAGGCAUCUUGGUCUUUGUAACCAGUCAAUCAGAGGUUCAUCUUCUUUGCUCAAAAUUAAAGAAAACUUUUCCCAAACCUGUCUCGAAUUUCAAAAAAAUGUCAGAAGUGAUUCAAACUGAGGCGGUCGCACCAUUUUCAUCAUCGUCCAGGCUUGAAAACAGAAUGAUAAAUAAAAAUGAAGGUCUAAACCUCAAUUCUUAUGAAAAUACUGAUGAUGAUGAGGUUGAUGAAAGGGACUCGGAGGAUGGAGACGACGUUGAUGAAUCAUCUUCAGAUGAACAAGUUGCAAUUGUAUCUUCAACAUCAUUUGCAAAAGAGAAUCCAGAUGGACCUAUGUACGUCCUCCCCCUGUACUCAUUGUUGCCAUCGGACAAACAAGCUUUGGUUUUCAAGCCAGUCCCCGCAGGCUUUCGGUUGUGUGUUGUUGCCACUAACGUUGCUGAAACAUCAAUAACCAUCCCGAACAUUAAAUAUGUUGUCGAUACUGGGAAGGUGAAAACAAAGUUCUACGAUGCAGUUACUGGCGUUUCAACUUUCAAGGUAACCUUUAUAUCACAAGCCUCUGCCAAUCAAAGAAGUGGUAGGGCCGGUAGAACAGGACCUGGUCAUUGUUACAGGUUGUACUCCUCAGCCGUCUUUUCUGAUUUUGAAGAGUUUUCAGAGCCCGAGAUAGCCAGGAAGCCCGUUGAAGAUCUGGUCCUUCAACUGAAGGACAUAGGUGUCGAUCGAGUCAAAAACUUUCCUUUCCCCACUCCACCGUCAGCUCAGGCCAUUGAGUCAGCAGAAAGAUUGUUGUACCGGUUGGGUGCUCUGGAGGUUGUGCCUUGCUCGAUUGCGACAUCCAAGCCAAAAAAGAUCUAUAGAUUGACCGAUCUUGGUCGAACGCUGGCCCAAUUUCCAUUGAAUCCAAGAUAUUCUAAAAUGCUUUCAUUGAGUCAGCAACAUCAACUUAUGCCAUACGUCGUGGCUUUAGUAGCAGCUUUGUCAGUUCAAGAAGUGUUUGUGAAUAGUUUGCACCACCAUAAGAUGGAAGAUGAAAAUUGCUCUGAUGAGAAAAAACGAUUGGAAAUGCAACAGGCGAGAUUGGAGCUCGUUGGGAAAGGUGAGGCAAGAUUAUUGGGCGACAACAUGUUGUUAUUGAAAGUGGUUUGUUUAAUGGAUGCUAGUAAAAGAAAAGAGGAAUGGGCAAAAUUAUCUGAAAAAUAUGGGAUAAGGUGGAAAGCCUUAUUGGAAAUUUCUAAAAUGAGGAAGCAACUUAUCACUCUGCUGAACACUCUGAUACCUGAUCUCAACCUUUCAAACAAUUCGACUCUGAAAUUUCCAUCACAAGUUCAGGCUAAAUUGCUCAGGCAGAUCGUCUUAUCAGGACAUGUCGAUCAUAUAGCCAACAAAAAAAAUGAUGUUAGAAAAGUAGAUCCAACACACAUAAGUUCUUUCAAAUUCAAGAUUUUGUCAGAUUUUCAUGUGUUCAUCCAUCCCAGCUCAUCUUUGUUCAAGAACAAAUGUGAAUACGUCGUCUAUCAAUAUAUCGAGGAGACAUCCAAACUCUAUAUGAAAGGUGUAACAUCAGUUGAGCUGGAGUGGUUGCCAUUAUUUGCCCCGACAGAUACACGAUUCGAUCCUGUAAAGCUCGAUGACCCUGAUAAUCCACCUGUUUUUGAUGAGGUCGAUGGUCAUGUGAUGUGUCACAUGUCUGGCAAAUUUGGUCCUCAAUUUUGGGCUGUUCCACGAAUUACAAGUGAACUUCCAAAAUCUAUUGAUUGUUUAAAGUGGUUUUCAAAGUUUUUGCUGGAGGGCUUGGUAUGUUCCAAACUGGCUCUCUUUAAAACUUUCUUGCUCACACCUCCGUCUAUUGUUGUCAAACCAUGGGCACACCUUUCUUCAAGGAUCUCUAACUUACUGCAAGCUCUUAGGGACAAAAACGUUCACAACAGAAAGGCACUGCUCGAUGAAUGGAAAAAAGAUCCAAAAUUUCUGUUGAAAGAAUAUAGUGCUUGGUUACCUGACUCUCAACAUGCUGUCGUUGCAUCUAUUUGGCCACCAACAUCUUGA